AUGAGUUUAGGGAUUCAAACUUCAGAUAUCUCAUUACUUGAUCAACAAUCGUUUUAUUCCAAAUCAAAUACCAUCCCCUCAUCCACAUCUACUAACCAUACCAAUAAUUCUACCACCAAUAAUACCCUUACCUUCAAUAGUAAUGGCAAUACUUUCCUUACCGAUAACCAUUCCAAUUCAUCUCCCUCAUCAAACUUAAUCUCUGCCAAACAUAUGGCUUUCAAUCAAUCAGAUAAUAAAAUGAUCCACAACAAUCAAAGACCAAGAACUACCAAUACUGAUAAUGAUCUUAGUAAUUUUGAUUUCUCAGCUUUAAGUGCUCAAUUACCUCCCAAUACUGGUCCAGCUGGAACUGUUCAAGUUACAAAUGGAAAUGGUAAUGGUGCUACAUCAAAUAAGAAUUUAAGUCAUGUGCCAUGUAAAUUCUUUAAACAAGGCAUUUGCCAAGCUGGGAAUUCUUGUCCUUUUAGUCAUAAUUUAGAUGGUUCAUUGGCCGCUGAUAAAUUACCUUGUAAAUAUUUUCAAAAGGGUAAUUGUCGAUUUGGAUUAAAAUGUGCUUUGGCUCAUUUCAUGCCUGAUGGUCAAAAAGUUACAAGAAGUUUAUUAGCAAAUUCAGGUUAUACUACUAAUGGUAGUAAUACUAAUAGUAAUGGUCAUCGCCUUUCAUUUAACUAUUCUAACAAUAAUAACAAUAAUAACAAUAACAAUAACAAUAAUAGUAAUAACAACAAUAAUGGUCUUUAUAAUUCUUCAAAUGCUAUUACUCCUCCUUCAACGGCAGAACCUAUUGAUAUUGGCGGUUUGAAACAUAGUAGUACUUCUUCAAGUAUUAAUAUUUCUCCAACUUAUCAUUCUUAUGGUCAACAACAAUUUAGUCAAUCGAAUAAUAAUACCAGUAACAAUAAUAAUGUGGCCAAUUUCGUUAGCUACAAUGGUUCAAGUAACCAAUCUUUGAAUCUGUAUAAUAGUCAAACACAACUGCAACUGCAACUGCAAGUGUCAUACAACUAUCAGACUCAAUCACAAUCUCUUCAACAAAACCAAGCUCAACAUCAUCAUCAACAUCACCAUUCUGAUUCUCAACUGUAUCAACAAUCGCAGCAACAAUUCCCUCAACAACAACCUCAGCAACCACAAUCACAAACUUAUCAACCACAGCAGUUUAUACCUCAUUCUAAUUCAUUCGGAUCUCAUGAUACGUCGACUUAUAGUAAUCCCAAUGCUACUUAUAAUAAUAACAAUGGUUAUAUCAAUAUUGGUAAUACUAAUACUCAAUAUGGACAAUCUAGUAUUGUAGGAGGAAAUUCCACUAUAUUUAGAUCUCAUACAUCUAAUACCCCAAUUUCAUUAUCGAAUAUUUCUCCAUCUCAAAAUUCAAGUUUCUUUAGUACGGUUGGUGGUAGUGGUUCUGGAAGUGGUGCUUCAAGUAAUACUUCAUUUGGUCAAUCUCCUCAAUAUACCUCAUUUGGGAAAGCUGCAUCAUUUUCUUCAAAAAUUCAAUUACAAUCUCAAUCUCAACCUUCACAAGUUCAAAGUUCUUCUCCAACUUAUUAUUACCAUGGUAGUACCAAUCAUGAAGGUUCUGCUAUUUUAGAUGAUGAUGAAUACAACACUCCAACUUCUAAAGUCAAUGGUGAAAUAUUCGCGGAAGAUUACGUCCCUGCUUCUUUAAGUGAUAUUAUUUUAACACCUCAAGAAUUACAAAGACGUGAUUCAAGAUCUCAAAGUGGAACAUUAUUAGUUCGUCCUAAUUUGAAUUCAAUCUUGAGUUCAAAUUCAAUCAAUAGUAAUAAUCCUAUUACUCCAACCAUCAAUCAACCAUUAUCUUCACCUCAACAGGUUGUGUCUCAUAAGGAUGAUUCUGAAUCGUUGAUUAUUUUACAAAACCCUCAUUCUCAUAGUUAUGCAAAUGAUGCCUUUAGAAGAGAUAGUGGUAGUAAGACGUCGUCUUCAAAUCAUGAUGAUGUGUUUUUAAUGGAUUAG